GCAGUACCUGAAGCAGAGUUCAAAAGUCUCCACUGUUGUUAGAUCUCAAGCUCCCAAGAAGUUGUGUUUCUCGACCAAAAGGCUGGAAAAGAAAAAAAAAAGGUUCUAAUUGUUUUUUGGGAUAGAUGGGGGGAGGAGGGAGGUUACCAGUUUAUGAAUGCUCUUUUUGAAAAUAAGACUCCGAAACUGAAUGUUCAAGGCAGAAUGUUGGUAAUGGUGUGGUUAUUCAGUGUUGAUUUUUUUAAUGUCGAACUCUUUAUGCUUUCUAUCCUUGUUGUGCUGAGUUUAACCAUAAUUCUACAUUUUACAUAUAGAUACUAUGGAUAACUAUCACUUGCAUGUCAUAGCUGUGGUCCUUUACUUUAAUCUUCCUGGAUCAGUGGGAGCCAAGUCACAGCGGAUCCUUCCUGCUGCACAUCGCCGUUCAGAGUGCCGGUGGGAUGGGCAGUUCUUACUGAAUUGCUCUUUUACCAGAAUGUCUACUGUUCCAGAAGAUGCAUCACAAACAGCAGUAACAGCUGAUUUGAGUUACAAUAAUAUUAAAACUUUUGUGUGCUCUGAUGGAAGAAAUGAAGAGUGGAUGCUAAAACACCUGAACCUCAGUAACAACCUGAUUUCUGAACUCACCUUAACUACUUGUACAAAUUUACCCAAUUUAGAAACUCUAGACCUCAGUGGUAAUGCCAUCCACACCCUCACACUGGAAAUGCCUACACCUGCACAUGGGUCUAAAAAGUACAGCAUUGUUGAUCGUCUCCUGCCUGCUUUGAAAGUAUUGUCAGUUGAAAGAAAUAAUCUUAAUACAGUUCCAAGAGGGCUAGGCCUUCUGCAGUCUUUACAAACUGUCCAUAUGUCAUCCAAUGCCAUACAACAGAUUGACCCAAAGGAUUUUCAAAACUGUUCACAGCUGAAGGACAUUGACCUGCGAAACAACAAGAUAACUAAAAUUCAUCCAGAUGCCUUCAGAGACCUCAACAAAUUACAGGUCGUGGAUCUCCGUGAAAAUGCUCUGACAAUCCCUCUACCACAGAUACUAGUCAGUUUGAACUUUUUUCAACUUGAAGUGUAUUUGUCAAAGAAUGCCUGGAUAUUUAACUGCAGGCUAAAUGCUUUUAGACAGUUCUUUCAUUUUGUCUUUGACUCCACAAGGCAGAAAUGGAGCCUUUCAUACAAUAAGUCUGCCAACAACUCCCAGAAACCUCUGCUGUAUCUUUCAAGUUUCCAUUUAAACUGCAGGGACAAUGUUGUGCUCAAAAGGGCCACAGUCCCAACAGGGAACACAUCAGUGCUGACCUGUAACUUGGACAACAUAAGGGGCAAUGGAGUCUCUUGGUGGACACCUAAGGGCAGAAUUUCAAAAAAUCACAGUCUUCCUCAUAUGACACUGGAUAAAAUGAAUAAUUUAGUGAUAUACAAUGCUGAUAAAACCGCUGAAGGAUUAUAUUUGUGUCUUUUUAAUACAACAAAAGAGAAAUAUCUCAUUUACAAUAUAGAGGUGAAAGAAGGAGUCUCAGCAUUUUUGGCUAGAAAAGCCAGGGACACUAACACUGUUUUUAGACAGAACGAAACAGAGCCAAACUUUGCACUGGCUGUCACUCUCUCUGUGCUCAUUACAUUUGUUUGUGCUUUUUGUCUGGGUGCUUUUGCUAGACCCUACCUGGAGAGCCUGUGGAGACUCAUGCGCAGGAACAAAAAUUCAGGUUCAGAACACACCUAUUCUAAUCAAGCUUUUUCAGAUGAAACCUUGAGCAGAGAGUCUUCUGCAAGCAAGCCAACAAAUAUGCAACGUAAUACGUUCAUUUGCGAUAAGAAUUCUAUAAGAAACACACAGAUUUUUCCUGCAGAAGCUUCUACUGUGUAUGAAAAUGUUACUGGCAGUGGUGUACAUUCACCAAAUCCCAAAGCAGAGUACCAGAAACAAAGAAAUACUGAGAUCAACAUGAAGAAAAUACCAGUGUUUUCAAAAGUCCAAACUAGUAUUGACAAUAAUGAAAGCAGGAAUGUUUAUGAUACUGGGCUAUUUUUCGUAAGGACGGAUUACCAGAACAGAAACAAAAUAACACCAAACAGCAAAGUAAGAAACAACUCUGAUGUGCUGCAGUCUGAGAUCACAAAAGCUACACCAGAUUCUCCAGAAAGAAAAGGUGUUCUUUCACAUAAUAAACCUAGGCACACUAGAAAAUUUAUGCAGGGAAGGCAAAGCUGUGAAGAACAACUUUAUCUAAAUGGCAACAAAAAUAUACCUAGUGACGUUGGAGAUUUUAUUUCACCCAGUAGCUUCAGAAGAAAUGCAGAUAUUGAGAAUUUAGGCAUCUAUGAAACAAUAGACAACUUUCCCAAGACAGAGCAUGACUGUAAAAGGAUACAUUCAGAAGAAAAAGAUGCUUCAGCUGAUAUAUUUGGUGACAGUUCUUCAGCUGAAGGGACUCCAUUCACAAUGAGUGACUGCAGCUCUUUAGCAGACUUUGAAGUGGAACAACCUGGUGUUAGCAACAACCUGCCAGUCUGUCAGUCACCACUAGAUGAAGCCAACACAGACAGUGGGACUGAGAAGUUCGUAACACCACCAGAGUCUCCAAACAUUACUGCUGAACUUCAGCAGACUGGGAAAAAUGAAGAUGAGAAGAGUGCCUAUUUUGAAACCACUAUUAAUUAUGGAUCAGAUACCACCAUGCAGGAAAGAGCAUCCCCUUACACUGAUAAAAGCAGUAGCCACAUAAGUGUGUCAGAUCCAGAUACAAUUAGUUCUUCAAGUCAAGAAAUUCCCGUUACAUUUGAUUAUUUUACUAAUGCAGAGUCAGCAGUAGAAAACUCUAUUUCUGAUUCUCUCCACAGUCAAAGUACAGAUUUUGAUAACAUGGUACUUAAGUUAAACCCUUUUCCCACAUAUGACACAGAGAAAACUUCUCAAGAGGAUGAACUGCAGCUUUCUCUUCUUCCCACAGAACCACAGCAUUCCUUCACCUUCAGUCACACAGAACAAAAAGAAAGCACAGAUGAGCACAUAGCCAGGAACUCCCCUGAAAAGAAUCAUGGUGAAGCAGACAUUAAUGCAGAGUCAACAGUAGAAAACUCUAUUUCUGAUUCUCUCCACAGUCAAAGUACAGAUUUUGAUAACAUGGUAUUUAGGUUAAAACCUUUUCCCACGUAUGACACAGAGAAAACUUCUCAAGAGGAUGAACUGCAGCUUUCUCUGUUUCCCACAGAACCACAGCAUUCCUUCACCUUCAGUCACACAGAACAAAAAGAAAAUGCGCCAGCAGGAAGUACAGAUGAGCACAUAGCCAGGAACUCCCCUGAAAAGAAUCAUGGUGAAGCAGACAUUACAUUACAAAGAAACACAAGUACAUCUGAGGACAAUGGCUUUAUUUUUGCUCCCAUUGAUACUGGUUUGAAUGAAGUUGUAAAAAAAACAUCAGUGCUGCAUUCCAGCCAAGAAUCAUCUCUUCAACUGCUGCCUGAGCACACAGCUGAAAAAGAUUUCAUGUUUGUUACCCAGCAAGAUGACUUGCUACCACAGGAGAAGCAGGCUUCUGCAGAUGAAAUGCAAGGAGGUUCUGAUGAGAAAAAUUCUGAUGGAUUCACAGAAUUACAGGAUACCAGCAAUUGCAGUCUGCCUGAAGUAACACAGUCCUGUAGUCCUACAGCAGUUCUGCUGCAUCUUCAUAGUUCUGGGAAAACACAGUCAGAAUUCACAACAGAUGAUCCCUUCCAACUGGAUCAGAGUGAUGAGGAUGCAUAUUCCUUCUCAAUCCCACAAGGUUUCUUCAAUGAAAGCACACCAUACAGUUCACGUUCCGUCCCACAAAAGCCUACAGGAAAUACAAUCCCUGAAAGCACUGAUUCCAGCAAGAUGAAGGAUCACACUACUUUGACAGAACUGGAGAACCACUCUGCAACAACUGUAGAACAACUGCAAAAUUCCAGUGAAAAUCUCAGCCAAAAAAGUCGGAUGAAUUUGGGACAGGACCAGUUUUUUGUUAAGAAGAAAAGAGCAUUUGAUGGAUUUGCUAAUAUUUUGCAAAGUAGGAGAACAAACUUCAAUAGUUGAAACACAAAAUGGUAAUACUAAACUCCCACAGUGUAUAUGUCAUUACAGCAGGUGCAAACAUUAUUUUGUUUUAAGGUGAAAUUACUUUUGUUUAGAAGGGUACUCAUAAAAAACCCAAUAACAGACUUUAUAAAAAGCUACUCCAGAAUAUUAAUAAAGCUCUUGCUGAAUUAUAUUUACUUUCUCAUUACUGGUACUUGAUACUAACAUAUAAUUUCCCUUGGAAUUUGCUUCAGCUACUCAGUUUUGUCUUUUUGUCUAAAAUAAAUGCAAUAUGGAAAUUUACAUUAUUACUGUGUUUUCUUAUGGGACUCAACCUAUACAGUGAAAUAGUACAUACUACCAUCUUCUGCUUUUUGAGCCAGAUUUGUGGAUUAUCUCUGAAUUCCUAGUGUAGCUAAGAUAAGUAAAGUCCAAGCAGUAUUCAAUUACAUUUCAAAAAUUACUUUUUAACUUGGCAAAAGAGAGAAAACCACCUUUCUCAAAGACACAGAAUAGAAUUCAAUUCUGCAGAAACAUUAGUUAUAGAAAUGUAGCUAUAAUGGGACAUCACCUGAAGUUUGCAGAUGUGGUGACACAGGCAGGGUAAUUUUAAAAGAGACAAAGGAUCCUGUAUCCACUUGAGAAUUUUACUUAAGAGGGGAAAAUCAAGAGCAGUUCAAAACUGCUAUUUUAGAACAUCAGUAGCCAAAAGAUAGCAAUUGUAAGGUAAAAUUAUCUCUGAAUAUAGCCCGAGGCCCUUUCAAGAGACUCAGUACCACUGAUGCAGUCCUUGAAGGGAAAUGUCAUCAUGAAAGGGAGCAGACCUAGUUCUGGGAAAAUGCAGGAUGCUGGGUACAGCUCUGGGAAAACCCUUUCACAAACACAAUUAACUCCUAAAAACUCCAAAGAGAAGGAACACAUUCGAAUUCCAUCACAAGAGGGGCAAGUCCAAUGGCACACUACAUCACUGAAAAUACCUUUAAAGAAAAAACUAAGAACCAAGCCCACUGCCAGUUUCAGUAAAGCUCAUUAUCCACCCAAGUUCUUUGUGGCCAAAACAACUUUAAAAAUGCAAUGUCUGAAAAAAGAACUGACUCACUCUUUUAGGUAUCUAUGGGACUUCAAACAUCAUUAACAACUCUCCAAGGCCUGUCACCUUUUGCUUGUUGCAGUUACUAACAUGUUAAGAAAUCUAACUAUACAAGCAAGGCAACUUUGUGAUUCAUGGGGAAAAAACCACUCUCGAGUGCUCUACUGGUAUCUCAUACACUGAAAAUAUUUUGCCAUUUGCUUGUGCAACAGUCCAAUAGGAUUUCAAAAUACAUACUGGAAAAUUAUUUUCUCAUCUUUUUUUUCUGACCACGAGAAUGCUGCAGUGGUGAGGCAGACAGUACACUACUUGUGAGAAGCUGCAGGAUUUCUAAGAUUCCCUUUAUGCCAUAAAGUUGUGGAAAAGUUUCUGUUCUUGUCAGACAAAGUAAAUUCACUCCUUUACAGUGGGAUUUUAACAUGUGGCUAAGUAUUCAUUCUACUGCCAAAAUAUUAUGUUUCAUCUCAAACUUAUCUUCAUAUGGCUGCCUAAUCUUGCCACUGUCCUUUGCUACUAACCUCUCCGUUCUUACUAUCGUGGCUUCAUUCAAAUUCAAACACUCAGCUGCUUCUCCUUCAUAUUAGUUCAUUAGCAACUGCUCUUUAAUACAAAAAGAGCAGUUAAAUAUAAAUACUUUGUAUUUUCUGUGACUUCCACACAGUACUCGUCAUACUCUGCUCCUCCCUACACCCACCCCAUGUUAGCAUGCCCUUCUCUAUACACUUAGUCCCACACACUCACCCCAAGACUGUAUCCUCACAUUUCUUAACAUUUCAUCCACUGUAUCUUGUUCACACUGAUAACUGUUUGGGUUAUUUGACCACUGAGAAUUUUCUAGGACACCUAGAAAAUCCUGUACUAGUAGGAUGCCCACUGCUGUUACUAUCCCAGUUGACUGUGGGUAAUCACACCAAAUCACAGAAUAAGCUCGAUAAAAAAGGUGCCCAAGUGUACGCUGUAGGAAUUUGUAAAUGAAGCCUGAGCAAUCAGCCAAGAGGAUGCUGGCAAUAGUCUGGACACAUCCUUCUCACAGGGCAAUGGCUUGCCAAGCUCCACAACUGACAGCACACAGAAUCCCUCAUACAGUGAAUCAGGACAGGACAAAAUGCAGGAGUUUUAAAAGCAGAUCAAGAACUUCAAAUAUAGUAAUCAGGAUGAAACAAAACUCCCAUUUUCAAACACACAAUAGUUUGAUAAUUGUCAAGUUAUUUGCUGUGGGUAAAAAGCAUUUCAAUCUUUCCUGAAUAUGCUGAAAAUUGAGCUGGAAAAUAACCCUUAAAUAUAAGAAGACAUGCACAUUUAACCUACACAUAAACAACUAAAGAAACCUUUUUGGAGAGUAAAUUCUUCAUAGUAGAGAAGACUAUGUCUCACCCUCUCUGAUAAAUACAGGUAAGCAACAGCCUACAUUCUGAGAAUUGGCAAAGCCAAUCCCAGCCUUCAUUAGAAACAUAAAACACAAUGAAAAACUUCUUCAGGAUAGGUUCCUGCAUUACAAUAUUCUAAUUACAAUGUAAAUACAUCCACUUCAAGUAAUAUUUUAGGUCAAGGUUGGAAGCAAUAUCUGGAGGUCACCUAAUCCAAUGAUCCUGAUCAAGCAAGGCCACCUAGAGCCAGUUGCUCAGGAUCACUUUCAGAUGGCUUUUGAGUAUCUCUGAGGACAGACUCAGUAACAGUGCAUGGUGACCCUCACAGGAAAAGAGAGCAGUUCCUGAUGUUCAGAUGGAGCCUCCAAUAUUUCAGUUAAUGCCCACUGCCUCUGUCCUGUCACUGGGCACUGGCUGAAGCAUCUUUGUCUUCUUCACACCCUCCCUUCAGAUAUUGGAAUACUUUAGUAAAGACUUCCCACAGCACCUUCUCUUCUCCAGGCUAAACAGCUGUAAGCCUUUCCUCAUGGUAGAGAAGAUCCCAUCCCUUCAUUUCCUUCUUCAUUUAUCUUCAUGGCCCUUUACUGGACCCUCUUCAGAACAUCACAGUGUCUCUGGUGCUGGGAAGCCCAGAACUAGACACAAUACUCAGGUGUGGCCUCAUCAGGGCUGUGCAGAAGGGAAUAGUCAUCCCUCAGCCUGCUGGCAGUACUUUGUCAGAAUCAGGCAGGAACCACUCACCUUCUUCACAGCAAGGACUUGUCGCUGGCUCGUCUCCGACUCGGUGUCCACCAGGACCCCCAGGCCCUUUUCUGCCAAGCUGCUUUCCAGCUGGGUGGCCCUCAGCAGAUACUGGUGCAGGGGGCUGUUCCUCCCUGGCUGCAGGACUUUGCACUUCUGCUGGAUAAACUCAUGUAGUUCCUGUCAGGCCAUUUGUCAAGCACGCCGAGAUCCUUCUGGAAGGCAGUAUGAUCCUCUGGCUUACCAUCCUUUACUUCCAGCUCUGUCAUAUCAGCAAACUUGCUGAGGAGACCCUGUGCCCCAUCACCCAGGUCAGUAAUGAAGCUGUUGAACAGACUGGACCCAGCUCUGACCCUGGGGGUACAGCACUAGUUAGUGGUCUCCAGUUAGACUUCACUCUGCAGACCACCACUCUCUGGGCCCUACAAUUUUCAGUUUUCACCCAUCUGCUCACUCAGUUUAUGCAUCAACAGCUUUCCUACGAGGACCUUGUGGGUCAAAAGGCUGGACCAAGAUGAGUGGAUAACAAUUAUGCUUCUGUAAAAUUUUGUCUUGAGACAUUUCUGCUCAAAUUCACUUAUUGUUGAAAACUUUUGUAUUACAGUACUGUUAUAUACCAACACACUCCAUUUGAACCAUAACCUUUUUGAAACAUGUACCUGUUCCCAAUAGCUUAAAAUACUGAUUUGCUCCACUAUUAGAAACCAAGGGGACAAGAUCCUACACACAAAUUCCCUGCUAAUACUUGAUAAAGGCUGCCUGCUGAUGUAUGUUCAGAUAUGAGAAUUUAUGAAGUGUGAUUCACAGAAAAAUCUGAAGUCAGUUUCUGAAACCAACACAAAUACUGUUUAUUUGUGGGAUGCCAUUUUACAACACCAAGAAAAGACCUAAAAAAAUCAACUGGAUUAACUCAUAUUAGGUGGCAUAAUAGUAUUUUCAUCAUAUUGUGAGUCACAGGAGUUUAGCACAUCUUAUUUAUGUAAUAUGCAAGUAACUAAGGCGUAAAGCAUUCACAGUUACAGGUUAACUGCUGCUCCUGCCACAGCAGCAUCAGAAGGUGCUAUUUGGACACAUGUACACAUGCACACACACAGUGGGGGAGUGGGUGAGGAUUUAAAAAAUAAAAGCAAACAAACAAAAAAAUUAAGCUGAAUUUUGGUCUCAAGUACAGAAAACAAACCACUCCGUUUGUGGAUGGACUCUAUAUAUUUUUACAACAAUACAAAAAGACAAAAUGUAAGGCCUAGAAAGAGGUAUGUUAGCAGCUAUAAAUAAAACAAGGGCACAAGCUAACCUUUAAAGCUGCCUAUAUAAAUUCCAAGAGUAUCAAACAAUUUGUUAGACUUGUGACUAAGGGUCAACAGAAAUCUGGGAAAACCUUAACACAACCAAAGUGCAUUUCUUGCCCUUCAAAAUAGUAACUUGGGAACAUUAAUGAAGUAGCAAUAAGCUGUGACUAAUUUUGACUGAGUGAGAAUAUUUUUGAUGAAAUAAAACACAUGUUUGUGUAAAAUGGGAGAAGCUUCCACAGAAUUAGAAAUAGCUACACCCAAGAUAACCCAAGUAGUUAUUGUAGUUUAAAAACAACCUUAAAGAGGUUUUAACUGAAAACUAAAGUACAUAAAUAUUUUCAGUAAUUUCUAUGUUCUUCAGCUUGCUUUCCUAGGAAAACAUAGAAAGUGAAGAAAUAACAGUAGUAGAGAAUUAUAUUAAUAAUUUAAAUACUUAGUAUCACUUUGCUUUAGAAGGGAAUUUAAUUCAUGGACUGUUUUGGUUACCAAUAUUAAUAGAAUCAUUUAGGUUGAAAAGAUUCUUUAGACUAUUGAGUGCAAAGAGCUCCAGUUUGUCAUCUAUCAAAGAACAUCAACUGCUAUUGUCUCUGGACACUGUUUUCCUUUCACUAACUGUCUUUCCAAUUUACACCUCCCAAAUACCAAAAGUGAACUGUAGACUGAUCAUCAAGUUUCUGCUAAAAGUUCAAUAACAGUACACCAGUAACAUUAGCACAAGACCCAUAUUUUUCAGGAAUGACCUCUCAGUGUCUUGUCCCAGAAAACAGCAUGUUUUGUACAUUACUUUUCAUAAGGGUUGGGAUGGGAGCCCACAAUCAAACAACAACAACAAAAUCUACAUCAGCUAUUUGAUGGCACAAUAAACAAAAAAAGCAAAUGCCACACUUGUACUAAAUACAAGAUUAACUGAGUAUGUUAGUUAAGUUCCACAACUAUUAAAAGUUUCUCCAAUAUACAGAAGUAGGCAAUGUUAGGAUGAUCUGCUUAUCAGCAUAUUUAGCAAAGCCAACAGGAUGGAUAGCACAGGGGAGCUCAUCAAACCACACAGGUCCAUUUUAGUCCAUUUGUUCACUAUAAAUGUCAGUAAAGCUGUCUCUACUAGCUUUAAUUGAAUCUGUGGUUCAUUUUAUGAAGAUGCAUGUUUAUAAACCUGCUGAUGGCUACAGAUUCAUACUGUUUCAAAUGGAAGAAAAAAUUGCAGCAUCUGAUUUAUUUCCAAACACAUUCUUCCUUUCCAUCACUCCCAAUUACUUUUAUCCAAAUUAAAAACCCAAGUUUGUUUGCUUACACAGCUCAAGUACUUUCUGAGGUUCUUUCUCCAUUUCUUUGCUUUUAAGUAAAUUUUUUGUUCUAAUAAACAUUUGCAAAACUGCCAACACCGUCAAUCCUGUUGUAUGAAAGCUAUACCUGUAACAGUAAUAGAUUAAAAGUGUCUUUGGCUCUUGCUUCCAUUACUGGAAGUUCAGUUAUUUGUGACAUACAAAACCUUUUAUACAAACUUGUAUUUGUUGCAGGAUUCACACCAAUUUGUGCUGAACAGUUUCCUAGAGUCAACAGCUAGCUUAAUGUUUUAAGAACAAUUACACCUAUUUCACUUAAAAUCUUGGCAAUCACAAUUUGGCCUAAUGUUAAAAGUUAUAUUGCUCCUAAGUUUAUUCUUUGAAGAACUAAACCAGCAGCUCCACUGGUAUUUCAUUACAGUAAUACUAUUGUAAUAUACACAUUUACAUCAGAAGUCUUAAUAAAAGGUCUUUUCUCAAGAGGCUUAUUGUAAACAUUAAAUACCACACUCCACUCAAUUUCGUGUGCAAACUGGCAUCAAACAUGGAAUUAAGGUUAUGUACAUUAGUACAUGAGAAAGCACUGACUGUGUAUGUUUUACCACUACUAACUUUAAAAAGCACUAUUUAGUAUUACAGAAAUCCAAAUGUAGCUAUUUCACAGGAAAGGCAGUAUUUUCUUCUUAGCAUCAUGAAAUUCUAGGGUUUGUAUAUGCAUGUAUAUUGUAUAUUUACGUAUAUACAAAUAUACACAAACAGACACACAGUUUUUGUCUUUGGCAGCUGAGCUUGAAAAACAAAGAAAGAACAACAAACAGAUCUGAAUACAACUGACCACCAUGACAAUUACAAUCUCCUGGCCCAGGGCAGCAAACUAAUGUGCUUUCGCUAAACUAGACUAAAUCCUGAAAGGAGUCAAGUCAAUGGCAGUUGUUCCUCACUUGAUGGCAAGGACAGAACCUUCAACACAGAAGAGAAUUUCACUUUCAACUUAAAAUGCUUUCCUCGUGUUCCCCUGGAUGGCAUUCUAGGGAAAUAACCACACUGCCAACACCUUGUAAAAUAUUUCUACAGAAAAUUAAUGUUACUUGCUGUUCCAAAACACCCACUGGCCCUUUGUUGUUAAAUGCUCCAUGAAUCAAUAACAUUUUAAUAAAUCCUUAGGGAUAAAAGUUUAAUAGCACCUGAUACUUUAAGAACCUAUUUAUAAAUAUCAACACUAACAUCAAUAAAGAAGGGUAAGGCAAAGACAACAUGACAAAAUUACAGAACUUAACCAUUAUUCCAUUCACUCAUUUUUUCCCAAAAUAUUCACUAGAACCAUCCCAUACAGAUAAAGAGAUGAGUGAAACAGGCAGUGGUCCCUACUAAAAAGUACUGUCACUUAAUGCUGGUGUCUUACAUGUCCAUUGCCUGCAAUGGACAUUCUGACAGGAAACUUUAAUCCCCAACAGGAAAGAAAAAGCAAUAUUUUGACUAUUCAACAUCGUAUUUUUUCUGAUAUCAUAUUUUUAAGUACUUAGAAACACAAAGCUGGAGGCCCUUGGAAAGACUAGUGUUACAAACAAAAUAAUCCCCAAAACCUUUAUUGUGUCUGUGCUAGGGGUGAGCAUACUUCAUUCCCCAAACCACUUACUGAAAGCUAGAACUUUCAAUGUCAUUGGGUCACUAAAUCACAACACAGACCAAACACUCUUGGUACACCAAAAAUUAAACAGAGUAUGUGCCAAAGGCAAUUUACAAAAGUCUAAAACCCAUUUUUAAAAGGUACUUUAAUUUGUUCUUUUGUACCUGUAACGACUACUGCAGUUUUAACAUUAAAAAGUCAGUACUUUUUUCUUCAAAUGGAAAUCAUCUGUGGCAUGUACAACUAUUACAGUGUUUCAAUAUUUAUAUGUAUAUAUAUUUUUAAGACACCAAUGUUUCAUUCCUAUAAAGCAUUAGGUCAGGUUUGGCAAAUUCUGGUGAAG